AUGGCGACAAAGAUGAUUACGAUCAUGAUAAGCGUGAAAUUGAACUUUGAAGCUGCCAAUCUCUGGUACAAACACCUGAACGACGCUAUGAUGAAGGCAUCCGAUUGGAUGAAGGAAGCCAGGAAUAUUAGGAUUGUCAACAUCCAAACAUUGGAAACAAUUCUGAAACAAUCACCAGAAAACGUGAGAACUGGCCGCAACUUCCUGCACAACGCCCACCGACGCUGCAAAGUGAGAUUUCUUCGCAUCAGCUACACGACGCUCUCGCAGACGCCACUCAGUGGUUCGACGACGACCCUUCAAUCCAACUUCACGCUCGUGCCAUCUCUCGAGUCGACACCGCCAAAUAUCGUUCUUCAGCAGGAAAGUAAUGGCGAGACCAAGCGGCAGUCCCUCAGGAAAACCCGGGUCUUCUAUAAAACCCCUUCUGGUUUAUCGUACAAGACAUUCAUGCCGAGUGCAGUGAAGAUCGGCAUGUGCACUGGAGCCCCGCAGUAUGAGAAGUUUUCUUCUGUCUGGAUGAGAUCACGUGCCUGGCUGCAGUGCGUUGAUAGGAAAGUGGUGACCAUAGAAACGGUACACCACCCUUUGAAACUGGCAUGGAACCAGCAAGAUUGUGGGGAGACUACAUCACUGUGCCCCCACCAGAACAUCGAGGCCAACAUCCGCAUGGUCCAACUGAUCAGAGUGUACAUGGAUGGCGAUUACACUGAACCAUCGACUGACCAACUGCCCAUGCUGCCUCCAGUCGAAGAAGUCAACGAUUGUUUCUGUGUGGUCUGCUGA